GAGACCAGAAAGACAUGCAGAUGCAGGCCAGAAGACUCGUGGAAUUCUCCAGAGGCAGCAGCCUGCUCCAGACACCAUGGCACCGAAGAAAGCCAAGAAGAGGAUCGAAGGCGGAAGCUCCAACGUGUUCUCCAUGUUUGAGCAGGCCCAGAUCCAGGAGUUCAAGGAGGCCUUCACAAUCAUGGACCAGAACAGAGAUGGCUUCAUUGACAAGAACGACCUGAGGGACACAUUUGCUGCCCUAGGACGCGUGAAUGUGAAAAAUGAAGAGAUUGAUGAAAUGAUCAAGGAGGCUCCGGGUCCGAUCAACUUCACUGUGUUUCUCACCAUGUUUGGGGAGAAACUUAAAGGGGCUGACCCCGAGGAGACCAUUCUCAACGCAUUCAAGGUGUUUGACCCUGAAGGCAAAGGGUCGCUGAAGGCUGACUAUGUCCGGGAGAUGUUGACCACACAAGCAGAGAGAUUCUCCAAAGAGGAGAUCGACCAGAUGUUCACAGCCUUUCCUCCAGAUGUCACUGGCAAUCUCGAUUACAAGAACUUAGUCCACAUCAUCACUCACGGGGAAGAGAAGGACUGAGUCCUGAGCCACAGCCUCGGGUGACCUACAGCCUGCUCUCCAGCCCAGCCCCUGCCACCCCAGCCAAGGCCAUGUGCAAAUAAACAGGAAGUCUUGGAUCUA